CAGUUGGAGGGGCGUAGAAAGGAGGCCAUAUUGUACAGUUAAAUUGAAAGAACGAAAAUAAUUAUAUCAUCGUGUGUCAUCGUGUCUGUUUCGUUUUAUAUUUUCACCGUGUACGUUCCGUGACGGUGUCGUUCGGUCGUUCCGUGUAAAGCAACAGUACACGGGGCCCGAAUCGUGGAUCCUGCGUUCUUGUAAAUAACUAUAAACCGUAGUAGUGUAUCUCGAUAUCUAGGUACCGUCCGUUAGUCUACCAAAGGGGUUUAUUGCUCCAGACGAGAUGGGCACUCGGGAUGACGAAUACGAUUAUUUAUUUAAAGUUGUUCUUAUUGGUGAUUCCGGAGUAGGAAAAAGUAAUCUGUUGUCAAGAUUUACGAGAAAUGAAUUCAACUUGGAAUCGAAAUCAACUAUAGGAGUUGAGUUUGCAACACGUAGUAUACAAGUAGAUGGAAAGACUAUCAAAGCCCAAAUUUGGGAUACAGCUGGACAGGAACGUUAUCGUGCUAUUACAUCCGCAUACUAUCGUGGUGCAGUUGGUGCACUGUUGGUGUACGAUAUUGCAAAACACUUAACAUAUGAAAAUGUGGAGAGAUGGUUGCGAGAGCUACGGGACCAUGCAGAUCAAAACAUUGUGAUUAUGUUGGUUGGAAACAAGUCGGAUUUGAGGCAUCUACGUGCAGUUCCAACCGAUGAAGCGAAAGCAUUUGCAGAAAGAAAUGGCCUCUCCUUCAUCGAAACUUCUGCUUUAGAUUCCACCAAUGUUGAGACAGCAUUUCAAAAUAUACUAACAGAAAUCUACAGAAUCGUAUCGCAGAAACAGAUACGUGAUCCACCUGAAGGUGAUACAAUCCGGCCACAGAACGUAGAACCAAUCGACGUUAAGCCAACAAUGAAUUCAGACGGGAUGCGUAAGCAGUGCUGCCAGUGACUCACCUUGCUGCUUAAAAUAAGGACAUAUAAAGAGGCAAAGGAGAAAAGAAAAGUGGUCGUCGGUAAACGUAACAGGUGCAUACAGUACAAGAGUCAAGACUAUUUACGAUUAUAAGUAUACACGACUAACUUUCCCAAAUAAUCCGUGCUCAGGACCUAGCAGGUCUCUCUACUCUACUUGGAUGAGGAUUGUAGAUAAGUGCGCCACUGCAAGCCGUACUUAAGAGUAUUCUUUUACAUCUUCAUUCACGGUCGCUUGGCUUCGACAAAGCAAACCAACCCCUUUCCUUCUACAAAGACAAGUGGAUUUGUUCCAUUCACUUCUAAGCAGGCCACUUACUAAGCAUGCGAGGGAAAGACACUUCUUAAGUUCCUUCGGAUUAUUUGGGAAAUAUCUACUCUAAUCUCCAUGCUAGACAAACGAUGAGGAUCAGAGGUAUCUAGCAACAUGUUCACACAUAGCAGACAACCGUACGAAUAAACACAAUAAGAUUGUGCAACACAGAGACAUCAUCAGAGACACUUAUAAGGAAUGGAAUACGUACGCACUAUUCAGCCCUUGAAAUUUCAUCCCCAUCCAUCUCUGCCCUUCUUAUCCCCUGCUCUGUAUCUUUAUCUCCGAUACAUUACAAUAAAUCAGUGUUGUAUUACUGCUUCUUUGUAAUACAUGUGCAAUUCUACUCAAUGCGUAGUGAGCGAUCGUGAAUACGGUUUAUAACAUUAUAUGGUAAGGUGCUGUCGAAACGUUCAACCAAACCUUGGGAAGCAUAACUUGCGAAUUGUGAGAACAAAAAUAGCUAGAUAUAUGAAUGUAGAUUUACGAAUACUUCUCGGUUACAGUUGUUCGAAGUAGGUUCCUCGAGUGUUUCAGUACAACGAUUCUAUACGUGUGAUUAGGGUAUCCCUAAUCGAAAAAUUCAGAGUUGAAAAGCUGAAUGCUCCACUCAAGAAAUGUGUCAGUGGAAAGGUAGAGAUCAAUGAUCUAUGUUCGUAGUCUUCUACUUGCAACAAGUAGCAGGGGAUGCUCUCAAAGUUUGACUGCACAUUUCUGAGAAAGCCUAUAUAUUAUAACACUUAAAACUCUUGCGAUUAAGUAUACAGAUGCACGGCAAUAGUGGAAAUAAAGAGAACAAUAGAAGAAGCUUACGAAUUGAACAUACAAGUAAGACAGGCAAUGGCGAAACAGUCUGAAUCAAGAUAAAACACUUUAUUGUUGCUCACUCUCUGCUUUCGAAUUUUGCACCUAGUGACAUUGACCUUUCGAGUGUGAUAAGGAGCUUGACCCUCCCCCCCCCCCCCACAUUGAACGCUUACUAAGGUACUUUUACUUUUCUUCCCAAAAAUGAAAACAUAAGAGAAAAACCGAGGCGAACAAGAAAAAAGUUGUUGCAACACACAGAUCCUAAGGGUAAUUAACUGUGCGUAAAGUGAUAUGAAAGUACGCGUGAACGAAAUUAUAUUGACGUAGAUACGUUUUUAGUGUCUAAUAAGUAUUUGCUUCGAUGUGUGUGUAGCUGCAAUGUAAUCUGUUAUCGUUACGAGUCCUCGUUGUAUCUUGAUGAAUAAAUAGAGAGUGAGUAAAACGUUGAAAUAUUGAAAUGUUUGAAAAGUAAGUCUUCUUAGGGUUGACUCUACAUAGGGGGAACAUACUAUGAGUGAAUCUUCACAAUGAAUUCUAUUGAAUUUUGUAAUGAUUAUCUUUAAGUUACCGAAUAAAGAAACAAGUAUUUCAUUUCCAGAUAUUAACGAAGAAUUAAAAUGAAACGGUAAAUUUCAAAUAUCCACAGGGGUGACCAAUUAGGCCUUCAUUUCCGGUGUGUGUUCCCUCAUUGAGACGGUGAGCUUUGACAUGCGAAUUUUUUCAGACGUUAUGAUCAUACUUUGUGUCAACGCAGUGCGUGCGAUAAAGUAAUGUCCAGAAAAAGGCAUACCUCCCAUUCAGGUAAAUCCUUUCUUUCUCCCUCCCCUCCCCUACAUUUUAUAUCCUUAGGUUUACAAGAGAUGAUCUUUACAAGACCUCAAGGUGUGAAUUUCCGUUUACGCCGAGCAGGAAUGAAUUUGUACGAAUGGAGUUUAAAGGAUAAAUUACAUCACCGUUAUAAGAUCAGUUUAUUCUUCGUUGAUUAAAUAUGAGAACGGGAUGCUAAUCCUGCGAAGAACGUGGGCUUUUAUUAAUCAAUGCUUUGUACUUUAUAAUUUUAUUAAUAAAAUCACUUUUGCUUUGAA